AAGCUUUCUGUUAGCUAGCAUUAACAGCAGUGGUCUGUUAAUGCAAGAUCUCAGUCAUUCCUGCUCAAAAGGAUUGUUUUUAACUCCAAUUUUAUUAGUUUGUUCGUAAGAGGAAAUAAUAUAAGGGUGGAGCAGCGGUAGAGUUGCUGCCUUACAGUGCCAGAAAUCCGGGUUCGAUCCUGACUAUGCGUGCUGUUCGUACGGAGUUUGUACAUUCCCCCCGUGACUUGCGUAGGUUUUCUCCGGGUGCUCUGAUUUCUUCCCACAUUCCAACGACGUGCAGGUUGGUAGGUUAAUUGGCUCCCGUAAAUUGUCCCUAGUUUGUAGGAUAGAACUAGUGUAAGGUGAUUGUUGGCUGGCACGGACCCAGUGGGCCGAAGGGCCUGUUUCCACUCUGCUUCCCCAAACUAAGCUACUUGUCCAUUAAUUUAACUAUUACUGUACUAGUAACUAUUACUACUAACUAUAACUAUUCCAUGCUGUAUCUCUAGACUAAACGAAACAAAGAAUAUGUGACCAUUGUUUGAGCAGCUACAGAACUGAAACUGUGACAGAUGUAGGUGGUUCCAAUUUUAAUAAUUCCUGUCGGUAACCAAAGCAGAGCCGAAGCUCAGGUUACAUUUGCUUAGAUCAUAAUGGGGAAGGACAAACAUAGAUCACUUUACACUUCAAGUCGUAUUGAAACGAAUGGUUUUGUGAAUAAUUCCAGUUUCUGUUUUACAUGGUGAAAAUAACCUGUUUAGUUUGCUGGAUGUUAAUUUCCUGGAGAGGGUAUCUAGAGAAGACUGAACUAUCAACUGUUGCAAGGUUCCGCGGAUCCUUCGUCAAGCAACUGAGGAGCCAUGAGUUGGAGUUUGCUCCGUGAUGUUUUGAGUGGGGUGAAUCAGUAUUCCACAGUGGUGGGGAGAAUUUGGCUGAGCGUUAUGUUCAUAUUCCGAGUCCUCGUCUACGUGGUGGCAGCAGAACGGGUGUGGGGCGAUGAGCAGAAGGAAUUCACCUGCAACUCCGAGCAGCCCGGUUGCGAGAACGUGUGUUUCGACUACUUCUUCCCGGUGUCGCAAGCAAGGCUCUGGGCCCUGCAACUUAUCAUGGUCUCCACCCCUUCACUUCUGGUCGUCAUGCACGUGGGCUAUCGGGAACGCAGGGAGAAGAAGCACCACAAGAAGCUGUACAAGAACAAAGGGGACAUCGACGGGGGUCUGUGGUGGACCUACUUCUUCAGCCUGGUGUUCAAAACCGCGGUUGAACUCGGCUCCUUGUUGAUUUUUAACUGGAUGUUCCAUGGUUUCUCCGUCCCGCGCCUGUUGAAAUGUGAGACCUCGCCCUGCCCCAACACAGUGGAUUGUUUUGUCGGACGGCCGACAGAGAAGACUGUCUUCCUCUACUGCAUGGCCACCACCUCCUCGCUCUGUAUACUGCUGAACAUCUGCGAGAUGAGCUACUUGGUUGCCAAGCACUGCAGUGAAUACUGCGAGAAGAAACCCAGCAAGAAAAUGCAGAGGUUCAAGUGUGGGUGUGAGCCGCACCAGUUAAAAUAUGACCAUCUCAAAACUUUUAAAAAUGGCACCGCAAAAUCUGUGGCAAGCAUUCACUCAUUGUGAAACCGGGGGGGGGGAAUCGCUGGGACAAUCCCUGUUUCUAACCCGCUUUGAGGGAUAUCAACGUGCACCUAUCUGCUUUCAUCUGAAAUGAGCAAACAUAAACUAACUUAGAUCGCAGAACCUAUGAAGAAACAUUCCUUGUUUAAAUGCAUUGCCCCACCCCCUAAAACUGAUGGGUGGCGCAGGGGUGGAGUUGCUGCCUUACAGCACCAGAGACCCAGGUUUGAUCCUGACUACUGGCGCUGUCUGUAUGGAGUUUAUACGUUCUCCCUGUGACUGAGUGGGUUUGCUCCGGGUGCUCCGGUUUCCUCCUACUCUCCAUUGAUGUACCGAUUUGUAGAUUCAUUGGCUUCGGUAAAAUUGUAAAUUGUUGCUAGCGUGUAAGAUAGUCCUAGUGUACGGGAUGAUUGCUGGUCAGUGUAGGCUCGGUGGGCAGAAAGGCCUGUUUCCACGUUGUAUCGCUAAAGUCUAAAGUAAAGAAUGUAUGGAAAAGAGAAUUCAUCAUGAUUCCAAUAUGUACAGUCAAAUGUUAUUGGAAGAAUAUCCUCUAAAGAUGGCGAUGGGUCAUGAUGUCUAUUUUCGUGCAUGUCAUUAUUUCACAAGGUCUAGGAGCAGAAUUAGGCCGUUUAGGCCAUCAAGUCUAUUCCGCCAUUCAAUCAUGGCUGAUCUAUCUUUCCCUCUCAAUCCCAUUCUCCUCCCUUCUCCCCACAUCGUACUAAUUAAAAUUCUGUCAAUCUCCACCUUAAACAUAUCCCAGAGAGGGAUCCACUAUCAUUCAAUACAAUUGCCCACACUUUUAAAUCUAAUUUCCGCUUGUAGCUCUAUCACUAUUUCCAGUUUUUUCUUCCAAAAAUAAAUUUUAUUCAGAAUAAAAAAUAUAUACAAAACAAGAGCAGUGCAAAAAUCUCUUUCAACAUUCUCAGCGUCUGUGCAUACAUUAGUGUGAUAUAUGGGAGUGUUUGCAACUAUCAUUAAACCAAGCACCUUUACCACUCUUGUGGCCCCCUGGGGUGAUAUCCCUUCCUUUAUUUGGGGGGUGUCCCCAUCGGACUUUGCCCCUCAAUGUCCAGCAGCGGAAUGACCCUAGACUGUGGUCCUCCCCCACAUGACCUUGGUGUUGGUUGCACCAAGCUUCAGCGAGUCCCUCCUGCAGUCUGGAAUGGGCCGGUCGGCAACAUUGUGUGUGUAGGAAGGAACUGCAGAUGCUGGUUUAAACUGAAGAUUGACACAAAAAGCUAGAAAGCUAUUACGAAGAUGCUGGAGUAACUCAGCGGGUCAGCCAGCAUCUCUGGAAAAAAGGAAUAGGUUACUUUUCCGGUUGAGACUUCUUCUAUUCCAUUUCUCCAGAGAUGCUGUCUGACCCGCUGAGUUACUCCAACUUUUUGUGUCCAUCUUCAGUCAGCAACAUUCCCUGAAGCUGUACUAACAAUAUUAAUCUAUAUUCUGCACUGUAGUAUCUUUCUCCUCCACCUUUUGUAUUUGUGUUUGGCUUGAUGGAUUCAUCGAGACAAUUAUCUGAUUUGACUGGAUAGCACACAAACAAAAGCUUUUCACUGUUCCUCGGUACACAUGACAACAAUAAACCUUAACCUAAAUGAGUAGAUUAUUAAUGGUGCUGCCGAAAGCUCUUUUAUUUCCUUCAUAUGCAUUUAUAAAGAUGGCUAAUGUGUAGGUAAACAGCAUGAACAAAGUUCCUAGCUUUCCCUUUGAACUGUGAAAUAAAACCUGUGUUUUCAGAAACCGCAAAGGUGAUUGUACAGCUGAGAGAGGCAAAGACAGGGAUUAAAACCAUGCAAAGUCAGUGAAUGACAAAUGUUGUAUUUGAAUGUUUACAAUGCACACCCGUCACUCACCAAAUAUGCCGUGCGACACCAAGAGCUAUUUACGGGUGCAUGUAUUUGUUUGAUGAGAAGCCCUGGGAGGUGUCCUAUAUGGAACAGGUUUAGUCCUAUCAAAGGCAUGCAUUGUGUUGCUGCAAAGCAGGGAAGGCAGGUGGAUAAUAACAAAUAUGCCUUUCCAUAAAAUUUGCAUCAGCGUCAUUGACGCCCGAGGGUAUGAGUUACCGUACGGAACACAUUCUCCACAAAUAUGCCUGCUCUGUCAGUGAAGUGGAUAAAGUGGGAAGUGGCAUUCUCGUCCAGCUGUCAUGACUUUACUUUGUCUAUCACUCACUGGUGGAUGAACCAACUUACCUGCUGAGCAUAGACACAAAAAGCUGGAGUUACUAACUCAGCGGGCCAGGCAGCAUCUCUGGAAAAAAGGAAUAGGUGACCUUUCGGGUCGAGACCCUUCUUCAGACUGAGAGUCAGGGGAAAAGGGCACGAGAGGCGUAGAUGGUGAUGUAGAGGGAUAUAGAACAAAUGAAUGGAAGGUGUAGAAAAAAAUACCGUUGAUAAAGGAAACUGGCCAUCGUUAGCUGUGGGCUAGGUGAGAAUGAGUUACAGACAAUGAGACUUACCAGGACGACAAUGAAACUACUACAAUAACUAGGGCGGGGGGUGGAGAGAGAGAUGGAAUGCAAGGGUUACUUGAAGUUAGAGAAAUCAAUAUUCUAGCAAAAUAUGAGGUGCUGUUCCUCCAAUUUGCGCUGGGCCUCACUCUGACAAUGGAGGAGGCCCAGGACAGAAAGGUCAGUAUGGGAAUGGGAGGGGGGAAUUAGAGUGUUUAUCUACUGAGCAUGUUGUUCGUUCAUGCAAGAGAAGACUCUGAACUUUGGCCCAUGAUGAUUUUACUCAUUGAGUUUGAGUUUACGUUAUUGCCACAUGCACCGAGGUAUAGUUAAAAGCAUUGCAAAGAAAGAUGAAAAUUAGAAAUUUGUCAGCACCAAAUCGUGCCGAUGCUUGUGUACUGCCGAGGUGAGGCUUGCUGCAUGCUUUUACCGGGUUGCAUGCAAACAAAGCAUUUCACUGUACCCAGGUACAUGUGACAAUAAAGUAUCAUUGAAUCAUUGAGUAUUUAGACAUGAUUCUGAAGAAGGGUCUCGACCUGAAACAUCACCUAUCCAUGUUCCCCAGAGAUGCUGCCUGACCCGCUGUGUUACUCCAGCACUUUGGGUCCUUUAGUGCAUCCGCAGUUCAUUGUGUCUACGGGCAGUAUUGCAAUCUCCUAAUUGGAAGUUGAGCGCUCAGAUGCUGGGUGAAGAUAGAAAUAGUUUGCCUGUGGUGCUUCCUGCAGGCAAAGAGCCUGCUGUCAAGCACAGCCUAGGCAAAGAUGCCAGGUAAUCACUUUCAACCCAGCCAUGAUAGCGAAGGUCCCUCCUCCCAACAUUGAAUCCCCACCUGCACCAGCGUCUCAUCCGAGACUGAAGAGGUGAUCAAUACCCUCAGGAGGAAAAAGGGGAAAAAAAAUGACGUACUUCCAAAAUAAAUUAAUGUUAUGAACAAUUAUAGAAGAUGCCAGGAGAUGUGGCUUGGGUCAGGUAGUUACUAUAAUGAGGAAGGACAGGUAAGACAUUUUAGCAUAUAAACCCAAUUAUCAGAAUGCUCCAGGUACUGCUCAAGGGAAGGUGAAGAAACGUUUUAACUAGAGAGAGCUACAUACUUCUCAGAAAUAAGACAUUUCAGCGACCCUCACACUGUUGUUUCUGGUGUCCUGCAAAGACACAUAUAGACCUUCUUCAUCGUGGUGCUGGUCUUGACCAUCAUUGUGCAAAAACACGAGGGGUCACUUUCCACGUGUACAUUGAUGACACUCAACAUUACCACUCCCCCCUCCCCCCCUUCUGUCUCCAAAGUUGGUAAAACGUUUGCCCAAUAUUGGUUAACAGAUAAGCAGAUACAUGAUAAAGGGAAUAACAUGGAUAGCAUAGUUCUUCUUCUUUUCAUGUUCAUCUUGUUACAAAUGUUGACAUUGCUGUCAUCGUCCAUCCUGAAAAGGACGCAAGCUUCUGGCGACAAUCAGUGGAAGCCAUCACUUGUCGCAAUAGAUGCUGGUGGUAGCAGAAUUAGCUCAGGAUACUUCCAGUUUCCAGCCCUGCGACGUGGACGCUUCUGCUAUGAGGCAUAAUUAAAGUAAGAAAUGCCAUAUUUGGAGUUGAGAUUUAAGAGAAUGGAGCGAUUGUAAGACAUGAUUGCAGAUCCACCUCUGUGACCAGCACACAAAGAGUCCCCUGGCUUGGGCGCCAUCUUGGACGAAAUUGCCCAGUAGUUACGCAGAUUUAUUGGAGCUGGCAAAAAUAAACAUAUUUGGUGCAAAUCGGAUGAGCCCAUUGCACAUACUUGAACAUGAUAAUAAACUGGUUCCAUUUAGAUUUUUGUGUAAAGUGAUGCAAAACAUUAAACAAUCAAAUAAGUAACCGGUUGGAUUAUAAAAGUAUUUAUUUUAUCAUAUGGUGUUUUGGGACAUUGUGUAAGUCGUGGGAUGAGCAUGAAUACGACUCCUAAGAGAGGGACAUGCAUCUGAUCCAGAUUAUGUUCAGCGUAGUAAUUCUAUUAUUUAUCCUUCCUUCACCAUGACAUUUCUUGUACACAUUCUCUACUUCCAUGAUUGUCAGGGCUGCAACUAAUUGCUUUCAUCAGAGGGCAUUAAAAAUUAUCCAUCCAUGUAAGAUUAGUCACUUUCUUCAUUCGUGGAAGAGAAUGACAUGUUCAUUUCUUUAAAAUACAUGUUACCUAAAUUGGUUUUUACUUCAAUAUGGCAAUUUUUCUAGGUCAAUAGACACAAAAUGUUGGAAUAACUCAGUGGGACAGGCAGCAUCUCUAGAUAGAUGGAAUGGGUGACGUUUCGGGUCGAGAUUCUCGACCCAAAAUGUCACCCAUUCCUUCUAUCCAGAGAUGCUGCCUGUCCCACUGAGUUACUCCUGCAUUUUGUGUCUAUCUUUGGUGUAAACCAGCAACUGUAGUUCUUUGCUACAGUGUUUCUUGGUCAUUUGUUUGUGGUAUAGGCCAAACAAACAACUAGACUUGAGUUGUGACCAUUCAUAAAAUUUAACAAAAUUACUGGCUUAGUUGCUAUCAGUCUAUCAGUUAUUAUAUUAAUAGCUGUCUAUCAGUGCUUACUAUUUUACAUUUUGUAGACAGAUACUCACUUUAAUAAUUCAUUGUUUACAAUUCAAUCUAAAAUGACAAUUCCUUAGAUUCUAUAUGCCAAAUGUACUUUUAAUAUUUUAGCCAAUUGUGUGUGCUUUAUGAUAAGAGUGCUAUAGGCACUUUGCGUUUUACCUAAGGGUUACAUGUUUGAAAUAUGUUGCGUAAUGUCAAAACACAUAAAUUAAACAUAGAAGUUACUAAAUUUGAGCGCAUCAUUCUGAAAAUAUAAGGGUGUAAAUCAAGCUUUGGUAUUAAAGGACCAAAUGCAUUAUUUCAAAAACGUAUACAACAAAGAAACGUAAGACGUGGGGUGCCUGAUCUUUCACUGUGUGACUUUACUAAUUUUACAAUGUCACAUUAACAAUUUCAUAAGAUUGUCAGCAUGCACAAAUUAAGGUAAAAAUGAAAGUGUCUCAUGUUUCAAGUAAAUUCAUUUUACAAUAAUUCCCAAGGACUAAUUUGUGAAAUUGCAUAUGCCUGUACAGUU